AUGGCAAAACCACUCACUAAGCUUGUAUCUUGUGUUAUUCUUGACUUGGACGGCACACUUCUUAACACAGAUGGCAUCAUGAACGAAGUUCUGAAAGUUUACUUAGUUAAAUAUGGUAAGCAAUGGGAUGCAAAAGGAACUCAUAGAAUUGUAGGGAAAACGCCCUAUAAAGCUGCUGCUGUUAUUGUUGAGCAUUAUGAACUCCCCGUAAGCGCUGAUGAACUUCUGUCUGAAACUGCUCCAUUAUUUGCUGACAAGUGGUGCAAUAUCAAAGCACUACCUGGUGCUAAUAGGUUAAUUAGCCAUUUAAGAGGACAUGGUAUUCCUAUGGCCUUGGCCUCAAAUUCCUCAAGGAAUAAUAUUGAGACCAAGAUUUCUGCUCAGAAGGGUUGGAACGAAACAUUCUCUGUUAUUGUAGGUGGUGAUGAAGUCACUUCUGGAAAGCCAUCUCCUGCAAUAUAUAUUGAAGCUGCAAAGAGGCUUAAGAUGGAUACUUCUAACUGUCUCGUCAUUGAAGAUUCAUUGCCAGGUGUGACUGCCGGAAAGGCGGCCGGAAUGGAAGUGGUUGCUGUCCCAUCCUUGCCCAAACAAUCCCACCUUUUCACAUCUGCAGAUGAGGUGGUUAACUCCCUACUCGAUUUGCAACCUGAAAACUGGGGCUUACCUGCAUUUGACGACUGGAUAGAAAGUACAUUACCAAUAGAUCCUUGGCAUAUUGGUGGUCCAGUCGUCAAAGGUUUCGGCCGUGGCUCGAAGUUGCUUGGAAUCCCAACAGCUAAUUUGUCGACUGAAGGGUUCGAGGAUCUCCUUUCGGAACACCCUUCAGGAGUGUAUUUUGGAUGGGCCGGAUUAGCAAAUCAUGGAAUUUAUAAGAUGGUGAUGAGCAUAGGUUGGAACCCUUACUUCAACAACUCGGAGAAGACAAUUGAGGCAUGGCUGCUUCAUGAGUUUAACGAGGACUUCUAUGGUAAGGAAUUGCGUCUCAUUAUUGUUGGCUAUAUGAGGCCGGAGGCCAACUUUACAUCACUUGAGAGCCUAAUAGCAAAGAUCCACGAAGACAGGAAAAUUGCAGAGAAUGCUCUUGAAAUGCCACUGUAUUUGAAGCACAGGGAUGAUCCUUAUUUAACUAUUUCUGUGCUACACAAUAACUAG